UUCUGAAUUCUCAGCCUCAGCACAGCACCAUCACCCAAAUCUCUCUCACAGGAUACAUACAAACAAACAUGUCUACUCCUCCGUCUUCCAAUCUGAAAACCUCACAUACAGUUCAAAUUUUCUCUGCCAUAAAACCAUCACCGCAUACUCCAUCGCCGUCUUCUUCAGCCUUAAGCUCCAUGAAGCUCAAGAGCCUCAUCCACACCCUCAUAGUCUCCCACAUGUGCCGUAUCAUUCGUGCACUCUCUAAACUCAAAGCUGCAAUCUUGCAAACCCUCAAAGGAAAACAGUCAAACAACAUUCACUACCUCCACCACAGAAAGCAAAAGAUGACCAAGAAGAUCAUCUCCGGCUCCUUCAGGCUUCACUACAACUGGUGCUCCUCCAAAUCCUCUCAGGUUAUCACAGUCCCCUCGAGGGUCUUUCAGGGUUUGUCAAAUCCUCCUGAUUCCGACCACUUGUACGAGGAUUGCCACGGCAGCGCCCAGCUCUCGGGCUACUUGCGCUGGCUGGAAGAAAAGAUUUCUGACGAUGAUAACAAUGACGGCAAGAGUUAUUGUGAGACUAACGAAAUCGAUAUGAUGGCGGAAUUGUUCAUUGCGGAUUGUCAUGAAAAGUUUAGGUUGGAGAAGCAAGAGUCUGAUAGAAUGUUCCAUGAAAUGUUGGCUAGAGGCAUGUGAAAUUUGGUGGAACAUGUUACUAUUUAAAAGUUCAGACAAUAGAAGGGAAGGGCUUUGUUGAAUUUUAUGGUGUAUUUUCCUUUCUUUAAUUAACUUCUCAUAAGAUGGAAAAAGGGUAGUGAAAAAUGGAAGAUGGGGAUUCAUGCUUAUAUAUAUGUUGAUAGUCAUGGAAGUUUUAUUUUGCCUUUGGCUUGUUAAUCAGAAUGAAACUGCAUCUUCAAAUUCUCACUCUUUUCUCUCUGACUUUACAUGUUAUAAAACAACUGUCAUGGUUCCGACCAAUUACAGAAAAUCAUUACAUGUACACGAAAACUGGCUAAUACCAUACGUAUGUGGUGGUCCUCUGUAUCGUGUAAUAAUUUCCCUCGAAGGGUGUGUGGUUGGCUGAGUGAAAACACGUGAACUGGGUUGCUGAAGAAUUCUAUCAGAUGGGUUAAUUUCAACAGUACUUCUUUUCGUAGUCAUGGAAACUUGCAGUAAAACUAAUCAUGGAAACUUUGUUAUUUAGGAUGAACUGCUGUAAAAGUUCUUGCUUUUU